AUGGAGAAGGCCACCAGCCAACCUUCCCGCCCAGUCGGAAAACAAGGUCGGAGGAAAAAGAAAAAGGAAGAAGCGGCCCAGGUAGGUCAACAACGACAAUCCAACGAGAGCCGAAGUGACAAGCCAAACGACACGAGAGGUUUUUUUAUACUUUUAAUUUACUACACCAAUUCACUUGGUACCGCCCAACACGUCGAAUGCCGCAAAGCCAAAAAGCAGUGUAAACCUCACAUGCUAAAUGGGCAUUACAUCCAAUGGCCGAACCAAAAAAUGGAAGAAUACUAUUUACAGAAUAAAAAAUUUAUACCGAAAAACAUAAUUUUUACCAGGUUUCAAAUUUGCGGCAAUCACGUAUUUUUGGUUUCACCGCGCUUCAAAGAAGGAGUGCCUUUUACAUUAAGUAGCGUCACGCUUAAUGGCAACGAUCAAUGUUACAACUAUGUCCGGCCUUUCCCGUCUUUGGUGAUGAGCGAUGUAGGCGGCCAAGAAGCCAUAGUAAACGCAGUCGAUAUAUACAUGGGCCAGGACGGUAUUCUGUGGGUGUUGGAUAUUGGAAUUGUCAACACUAUCGAAGACAGACCUAUUAAAGAAAAUGAUCCCAAAGUGUUAGGGAUCAACUUCGGGAACGGCCGAAUAAUCCAUACGAUACCGUUGAGGCCCCUAAUAUGCCGAGUGCGAAGUCGACUACAAUAUAUUGUGGUCGAAUACAUUGGCGACAACAGCCCUAUUAUUUAUGUUGGAGACGGCGGAACUCGUUCAAUUAUAGUUUGGAACGUCGAUGGUAAAGAAGGAUACAAAGUGAAACUUCCGCGCACCGCCACCAUCUCUUGUACAGAAACCGGAGCUGAAGACAUGUUCUAUUUGGUCCUCAUCGAAACGCCCAGUUGCAAUUACUUGUACUUCACGUAUUUGUCCAGUGUGGACAUGUUUAAGGUACGGACAAAAGACCUGCGUAAGCGCAUCCAUCCUAAGUGCAUAGUAAACGUUGGUCGGAAGCCGUGCAAAAUGGUCAUUGUUGGGUCAGCUUACGGAUCGGUGAUAUACUUCCGCAUCAAAGGAAUGCAGAAUCUGUACAGCUGGGACACUAAAGAAAGUUUUUUAGAAGAAAACAUGAUGGUGGUUAAGAAAAGCGUGGAUUGUAGAACGAUCACACACAUAGAUGUCGACAACGACGGUGUGCUGUGGGAACUAGAGAGUAAUAUCGAUGAUUACAUGAGGAACACUGUCGGAUGUUACGGAGCUAGCAUAGUGCUCAAGCCCAUAUUUGGAAAAUCAGAACCUCUACAACCGUGUUUAACAGAGUAG